UAAAAUGUGUGAUUAUCAUCUCAGGUUUAAAUUCUUAGAACUGCAUCCACCCUCAAAGGAGAACCAAACAAAAGAAAUCGUCCAAGACGUUUGACUCACACCAGAAAGAGGAAACCACUUAACUUAGACCUGAAAACGAUAGAGCAGGAACACUGAACGGAAGGCGGCAUUUGAAAGAUCCAAACAGCAUCAUGGCCUUCGAUUCUGCUAAAGCUGAAGCAAGUAACUCCACUGACGAUGAUUAUAAUUAUUAUUAUUAUAAUUAUACAUUGGCUCCACCAGAGGCUCCAACACUUUGCACAGAUGUGCCGUGUGUUUUACUGGCAAUAGUCAAUGUGAUUAUUAUGUUUCUUGGUAUCACUGGAAAUGGUUUGGUGAUCUGGAUCGCAGGGUUUAAGAUUAAGAAAACGGUCAACACCAUCUGGUACCUCAGCCUUGCUGUGUCCGACUUCCUCUUCUGUGCCUUCCUGCCUCUAACUGUGGUCUAUUAUGUUAAAAGAAGUUGGGUCUUUGGGCGCUUCAUGUGCAAGUUGGCAUCCUUUGUCGUGUUACUCAACAUGUUAAGCAGCAUCUUCCUCCUCCUCCUCAUUAGCGUGGAUCGCUGUGUUGUGGUGAUGUUUCCUGUUUGGGCACAAAACAAGCGCAACAAACGCAGGGCCUUGGUGAUGGUUCUACUGGCCUGGAUUUUCUCAGUAUUGCUUAGCUUGCCAGUGGCCAUUUUCCGAGAGACAGCGGGAGGCAACUCAAAACAAAUCUGUUACAACAACUAUGCGCAUGACGAACAACAUAUUACUGUAGUGGUAUGCCAUUUCAUUUUUGGAUUUGUGAUCCCCUUACUGAUCAUCAUCAUUUGUUAUGUUGUCAUCAUCCGAAAGCUGAAAAAUAACCAAAUGGCAAGCUCCAAUAAGCCAUUUAAGGUCAUGACAGCACUGAUAGUUGCUUUCUUCAUUUCCUGGAUGCCUUAUCACUUUUUUAAGUUAUGGGAACUAAAUCGAAAAGAUAGCAUUGUCUUUGAUGGACAAAAAUUUGCAAGCACUCUUGCCAGCGCCAACAGCUUUAUGAACCCGUUGCUUUAUGCUUUCAUGGGAAAAGACUUUAAGAAGAAAUGUUAUGCACUUCUGUCUAAGAUUGAGAACGCAUUCGAAGAGGAAGCCAAGAGCACACUCCGAGGGACGUCUGUUACGAACACAGGAGAUAGCAAACAUACAAAUACUUCUGUUUAAAGGCCUUGUACAGAUCCUGUAUUAACAACAAGAGGAAUUCAUAUCAGCUUCUGUCAUCAAACCAAUGGAUGAAGUUCAUAACAGCAAACUAAAGAAAUACAAAUAAACAGCGCUCUGUAUAAUAUUGAAUAAUCAUCUCAAUGUAUGAUAAUCCUUGCUUUAAGAGAAUGUAUGUGGAAAGAAACAUUUACACAGAAGUAUUUAUGAAAAGUAUUCAGGUACUGAGUUUGAAUUCUAUAUUCAACUGUUCAUAGCUAUUAUAAGUGAUUACAGGAACUAGUUUCACAGAUUAGUUGUAUUAAUUUUAAAUAGAAAUGUAUGUGAAAUGUAUGUUUUGUUGUUCUUUAAAAAUAAAAAGAACUGUCAGCAAAUUGCUCUGCUACAGGAAUAAUAAAACACUUCUGCACAUGCUAUUAUAGGAAAAUAAUCAACUUAGGGUGGGAACAGUAACUUUGCUAACCACUGGGCCAGCUCAUCAGUGAUUAUUUUUCAAUAACAGUAUGGCCCCAAGAAAUUAAUUCCUUACAUACUAGCAGUAUUAUAAAGUUUAGGUGUUACUGGUUUGUAUCUUUAAAAAAAAGUGCUAAUGAAAUGAUCACAAUCUGAAAAUAUAUGCAAGAGCAUUUAUUGUCACCUUCUACAUCACUCUUUAUACUUAUUCACAGAUUGUUUUUAA